GAACCGCGAAUUAACCGACUUCACCGGUGAGUGAAUUGAACUCCGUUAGCUAGUUUUUUCAUUUUUUUUUCGCAUUCUAAUCAAAUUCUUAUCAUCAUAAGGUUAAAUUACAUUUUAUGAGGCAUCAGGAUGUAGUAUAAAACUUAUUAACGAGGCAUUCCUGAAGCUAUUAGAGAAAGAGAGAGAGCAUGAUGAUGGCUGCUCCUCUGCCAGCUAUUCACAACACGAGAGGGCAUUCCCCUAUCCUAGAACCGGUCAUGCAGCACAGGGUUCCCAGUCCACCCAACAAGAUGAGACCGGCAGAGCAGUAUACCAAGCCAAAAUACAGAAUGCAAGGUAGAAGAGACAGGCAGCACUCGUUGAAGAACGGAUCUGGUAGAAAUCGAAGUCCACAGAUGAGCAAGAUCGAGACCCAGAAAUACCGCAAUACUUUCUUCCACAACCUAUGCUUGGAGGUUCUUCAGGAGGGCUUUCACCGCUCCUUCUCCGAGAUCUUUGCCCUCGUGAAGCACCAGCAGAAAAUAGUCGAGGAUGCAGGGGCAGACUCUCUGCUGCAGGAUCGAUCCAUACUUGCAGACCAGCACGAGAAACUGAGGCAGAUGAAACAACAUCUCACAGAGGCUGAGCUUGCCCUAAGACAAGAUGACAUGAACAAAGUCUAUGCAGAGCGGGAAAGGCUCGCUAUGUAUUUCUUGGACGAAAACGACUUAUGGCUAGCCGAUCACUUCUUUCAAUCUUGUCUGGAGACGGCCACAAGGGUGGUGGAAGGAGGAGAUAGGAAAGAGGCUGAGGCGCACUGUAACAUUGGUCUCGGCUUUGAAAGGAGAGGGGAGUUCUCACUGGCUGCUGAUCAUUUCGAGGCUUUCUACACAUUAACGUCAUCCAAGGAAUGGCUUACCAAGGAGAAUCUUUCGCUUCACUCUGAGGCGUGCGAGCACCUGAGACGCCUUUACACCGCCACGGCGCAGACCUUCCAGAGUCAGUACAACACCGAUCACAAAGAGGCCAUCGACUAUCUCACCAAGGCACAUCAAAUGGCCAAAGAAAGUAAAGAUGGGCAAAAAGAAGGAGAGGCUAGCUACAGAUUAGGUCAAGCAUAUGAGAGAUCCGGCGACAGUGAGACUGCAUUGAUGCACUUACAAUGUUACAUGGACAUCUGUAAACGAUACAAUGACCAAGCUGGAAUGGGGCAAGCAUGUGAAGCUAUUGCUAAGUCAUAUGAGAGACAAGGAAAGCGAGAUGAGGCAGUGACUUACCUAGAGAUGUUUGUUGAAAUUGCUGAGAAGAACAACGAGGAGAAGGCACUGAGCCAAGCUUGUAGCUGUCUUGGUGCCAUUUAUAAUUCACUGGGCGAAUACGAAAAAGCAUCUCAUUACUUUGGGAAAGCCUACACUAUGGCCCGUAGCUUAGGGGAUCCCGAAACAGUUGAGGAGGCCAGGACGCAGUUCGGGAUUUCCAGCGCGCACAAAGCGCUCACAUCGUUCGUGUCGGUGGUGGAGAGUCCGUCAAGAAAAAUCAUGGCUCAGCUGAUGAAUUGGAAGGACGUCAGGAACGAUGCUUUUGUGGUUGCUACAGCAAAGGAAGAGGGAUCCCACUGACAGUGAUAAAUACCAAAUGAAGUCAGAAUGUCUGUGUCUUUCCUUGGGGAACUCUGCCAGUGUCCAUCAGAGCUCAUAUGUGUAAAUAGAGAUACUUUUGUAAAGACUAUUGUAAAUACAAUAGAUUAUCAAACUUGAGGAUACCGUCCACUUGGAACCCUUUUUUAGAUACUUGCUAUAAAACGAAUUAUAGUUUGGAUGCUCCAAACAUAUGCCCACAAAGGAUAUUUGGUGUACCAUGAAGCAUCUACAUUGACAUAGUUUGAAAAUGGAUGAAAUAUUUCCAGACAUGCUUUGAAUGAAAUUGAGAGAUAAAUCUCCCCCUUUUGGAUAAUCAGCCAUCUUCACUGCCAAAGAUUCUUGCAGAUGUUCUUGAGAUGAUGAGAGUGAGAGGUUUGCUUGUUUAGGUCAAGCAUCCAUCAGGCGGACCCACCUAUUUAGUGAUAUUCUCGACUGAUAUAAUAUUUCAUAUGUACUGGUUUCGUCAAGUACUUCAGACAUAUUUAUUCAGACAUCUUUAUUACCGAUAUCAUAAGAUGCAUUUCCUGUACACAUAAUGGUUUUGAAGUUUGUGCCUCGAGGCUCCAUAUUCAAAGUUGAGUAUGACAUGCGAGUACAAGCAUUAAGCCGAAUAUGAAUAAGAAUACAAGCUCAGCCUGUCCCUAAAUAAUUAAAUCAAAACAGAUUCACUAACCAUAUAUCAAUAUAUAUGCAAUACAGCAAUAAGAACAUGUCCCCUCCGUAGUGAGUACAUUGUAUCUCUGUCAGGCAUUAGCGUGACACAUGCUGGUAUUUUCUUUCUGCUCAUUUGAUCAUUUAUUUUUAACAUUUGAUAGAAUAACUAUUUUUGAUACCCUGCAUUGACAGUAUCGCACGCAUCUCACACGCAGUUGCCCGAAGAAGCGCAGGCAAGUCUGAUUUGCAUGCAGAAGAUUUUUUAACAUGCUGAAAACUUUGUUGCGCUUUAGUUGCGGGCAAUCACCCGCAACUCACCCGCAAGCCUUGCAUGGAACUUACACAUGUCAGAUUGACCCCUCUAAACAAACCCUGAAGAGGACUUAUAGGAUUAAGAAUCUGUAUACGGUCAAUCGUCAAGUCCUAUGAUGCCAAUUUCAGUUUUUGAGCAAUGCUUGAAACUUAAUACUCCUGGAACAUUUAAUGUGUCCAGGCCUGAAUGUGUCACAAACUGUAUUGUCAAGGUAAUAUCAAAUUAUCCUUUAGCAAUAAGGCUGCCCAGAUGAUUGAGGGUAGUAAUCAUCUUUCUUGUAUUGCCCUAAUAUUAUUUAUGAAUUAAAUUAAAAUGUCAUCAUCAAGCAAAUGACUUUAGAUAUGCAAUGGGAUGAUGGAUAAAGUUGUUUGUAAAGUGUAAAAUGACUUUACAAUGUACAUUCCAGAGUCAUCGUUUUAAAUUUGUAUGGGGUACUUGAUGAAGCGGCAGUUGUUUUUCUUGGUAUGUGCUAUUUUUCCUAAGACAAAACGAAUGUAUACGAAAUGCUGAAACAAAUUUUCAGACAAAUUUCAUCUCUGGAGACAUUGGCAAGAUACAGUGCUGUCAUGUCAUGAACAUAAAUAUAAAUUCCAUGAAUUCCUGGUGUUUAUUAUUGGUUCGUAAUGACUGAUAAAUUUUUCACCUUGAAGCAUGGAAUGAAGCAUGAAAUCGUUUGUCAGAUUAUAUUUUGGUUGCACAGGUAAAACCGUAGUCAAUCUUUUAAGAAAAACAGUUCUGGAAUUUAUUUCCCAUGGCAUUGACGAGCUGUAAAGUAAAGUAAAGUUUAAAAAGUCAAUAACUUAAUUAUUCUUCAACAGAUUUUCACCAAUACUUCAUGAAAGGGCUAGUCUAGUACCCCAACAAAACGUUUAUUUCAAUACAAAGAGAAACAUCAAACAAGCAUAAAACUGAAAAUUUCAUUAAAAUGAAAUGUAAUGUAAGAAAGUUAUUACAUUUCAAGGUUUCGCUUCAUUUCACAAAUCAGUUUAGUUAUACGCAUUUCCUGGUUGGUAUACAUAAGAGGGCCCUGAUGACAUCACCCGCUCACUACUUUUUUGUAUUUUAUUGUAUGAAAUAUUUUAAUUUUCUCCUCAUUUUCAUGUAAAACAAACUUUCAUUCCUCCUGGAACAUGUGGAAUUAGCAUUGUUUGAACUUUUAGUGGGUUGAUCAUGAGGAUCCUUAUUGUAAAAUCUGUGAUAAUUGAAAUAUUGUGCAAAUCAAACAAUAAAUCAAAAGAAAGCGUGAGUCACUCCUAUAUCAUUGAAUCGUGCAGAAAAUAUAAGUGUAAAACAGGCAAAACUUAAAAAAAUAUCAUUAAUUUCUUAUUUUACAUCCAAUUUUGAUAAAUAUUGUCAGCUUUAUGCUUGUCUGAUUUUUCUAUAUUGAUUCAAAUAAACUUUUUUUUCUGGGGUGGUCUUAAAUCUUUGAUAUAUAUUUAAUUUAUUUCUCUGUUUUUAUUUAAACCAAUCAGGGUAAACCUCUCCUACAAGUAUGCAUAUGUAACAUUGUUAUGUAGGUUAUGCAUGUAAUCUACCUAUAUAUGUACAUGUACAGUAUAUAUGUAUUUCAUGAACAGACUUACAACUAUUGUAACUUUGUCAUUAUUGUAACUACCAUGGAAAUUACAUGACAAUUGCCAUAAUGGCAAAGUUACAAUAGGUGUCAAAAAAAAUAUCCUUAUGAAACGGGUCCAGAGGUGGCUUUUAAAAUGUAAUUUUCAUGCAUAUUCCUUUUUAUGUUCCCAUGAACACAUUCAUCAAUAAAUGGCUGUUUCCAUGGCUAAUGUAAUGGACUUUUAAAAAGUUUA